AUGAAUCAGGUCUGGAGAGUAGUGAUCCUUGUCCUGACUAUGAUGAUCCGAGACUCGCUGACCCAAAGAAUCAUUGGGGGCCAAGAAGUCGUGCCUCAUUCCAUCAAGUACCAAGCAUCUCUUCAAUUUGAUAGAAAUCACUAUUGUGGAGGAAUCCUGAUCCACCAGCAAUGGGUAGUGUCUGCUGCCCACUGCUGGAGACCGAGCAACAUCAUUCAGGUGGUUCUGAGCGCGCACAAUCUGGUAGCUGAAGACGGAUCUGAGCAAGUGUUUAACGUGUCCAAGAUCAUAACCAACCCUAGCUACAACCUAAAAACAUACAAUGGUGACAUCAUGCUCCUGAAGCUGAGCCAACCGGCUGUUCUGAACGCCUAUGUUCAGCCGGCUCCUCUCCCGGAUGACAGCACACCUCCUCUAGAUGCUGGAACCACAUGCACAGUGAGUGGCUGGGGGGUCACACGCGUCUACAGCUUUUUCCUGUCCCCAGUGCUCCGUGCUGUGGACGUGGACUACAUCCCUAACUGCUCUUACUUCUACUACUACAGGGUCAAUGAGAACAUGAUAUGUGCCGGAUCUCGCUAUGGAGGCAAAGACUCUUGCCAAGGUGACUCAGGGGGACCCCUCAUGUGCAAUGGCUUUUUGGAAGGUGUCGUGUCUUGGGGAAUAGGCUGUGCCAAUCCCUAUUACCCAGGUGUCUACACCAAAGUGAGGAAUUACAGCAAGUGGAUCAGUGGGAUCAUCUCAAGUGACAGUCAGAACUAA